UGAUAAUACUGAGCGUUCGUCAGCAUUCGUUCAUGCAACGGUUUUACUUUAUGCACAGUAUUUUUGUUUGUUAAAAUUUUAUUACUUUAUGUUAGCGAAAAAACAUGAAUAUUGAAAAUGAAAUGAUUUUUGUGAUAUUGCGAGAAUUUGUAGCAUCUUCGAGUAGUGAGAGUGAAUCAGAGUCUGAUGAUGAAAAUAAUCGUUGUAUUGAGUGUGCCAGAAUUCCUAAGAUACAAAAUUAUAUUGAUGACGUAGUUUCAAUAUACAAUGAGCUACAAUUCAAGGAGACUUUCAGAUUGAGAAGGGGUACAUUUCAAUAUUUGUUGAAUCUAAUUAGAGCUGAUUUAGAAAGUUAUCAUGGUAGAAUGACGAUUGACCCAGAAAAACAAUUGUACGUAGCGUUAUAUGUACUUGGAACACCUGAUUCAAACAGGUCUAUAACAACCAAAUUUGGAGUUGGAAAAGCUACUGCAUGGCGAGCUGUA